AUGAAUAUUAAGCUCGCCAUCGUCCUGGUGGCACUGGCCACGCAAGCGAGAUGCGCGAAGGAGACGAGCAAGCCCGCGGAGGACAAGGACUCCGCAGCUGACUCGACCGAGAAGAAGACGGAGAAGCGUGGUCUGCACGGUAGCUACGGCGACUUAGGUGGCGGAGGUGGUGGUGGUGGUGACUUAGGUGGAGGCGGUGGUUCGUCGUACGACCAGCAAGAGCACGUGAAAGCUGUUACAGUGGUGAAGAAGGUACCUGUCCCGUACGAAGUAACGAAACACGUGCCCUAUCUGGUGGAGAAACACGUCCCGUACGAGGUGAAGGUCGGCGUACCUCAACCGUACACCGUCGAGAAACACGUCCCUUAUCCUGUGAAGGUGUUCGUGAAGGUGCCUGUGCACGUGCCUCAGCCUUACACCGUCGAGAGGAAGGUGCCUUACGAAGUCAAGGUACCGGUCGAUACACCGUACGAGGUAAAGGUUCUGGUACCGCAGCCUUACACCGUCGAGAAGCACAUACCUGUGCCUGUCAAGGUGGCUGUCCCGCAACCUUACACCGUCGAGAAGCACGUGCCGUUCCCAGUGAAGGUGAAAAUUCCGGUGCCGCAACCGUAUCCGGUCGAGAAGCCAGUACCGUACGAGGUUAAGGUACCGGUGGACAAACCUUACCCUGUCAGCGUACCUAAACCCUAUCCAGUCACCGUCGAGAAGCCGUACGCGGUACCAGUCGAGAAGCCUGUCCCGUACGAAGUCAAGGUACCCGUGGACAAACCUUACCCCGUGCCAGUAGAGAAACCCUACCCAGUGCAUGUCAAGGUACCAAUACCACAACCGUACACCGUCUCGAAACCUGUCCCAGUAGCAGUCCCGAAACCGGUGCCCUAUCCUAUCAAAGUACCCGUCGACAGACCGUACAUCGUUGAGAAAGAGGUGCCAAUACCUGUCGAGAAGGAGAUACCUGUACCGGUGAAGGUACCUGUGCCUGUCGCUAUUCACGAGGAACACGGCGGCGGCGGCGGCGGCGGAGGUUACGACGGAUUCUCCAGUAUAGGAGGAGGCGGAGGUGGUUACUAUUCUCAUCAUCGUUGA